AUGGACUACAACAUAUUCGACGGGCUGCAUGAGCAACAAAGCAGCGGUUCAGAGAUGGACCUUUCAGAAGAGGAUAACAACCCAUUCGUCGGCACUCAUCACCUGUAUGCUUCUGGUAUUGGGACUGCUAUCGGCGAAGCCCGUCCGGAAAACAUACAUUCUCCGCCGUCUUCAUCCUCUUUACCAUCUAGUCCGGCGCAUUCCUCAUCUGCUGGCUCUUCAAGAGCAUCCACAACCUCUUCCACAUCCUCGCACGCCGUUGUGGAGGCUGACGCUGAGACUGAGCCAUUUGUUUCCUUGUCGAUGUCCACCACUACUGCCACCAUUACUAAGAAUGCUCCCCAUGAUACCAAUGGGACUGAGCAGAUCCAAAUCAUCGAUGCUGGCGAUUUCAAAGAUCCAUGGGGAAAACACGCCAUCGGUUAUGUGAUUUUGUAUGAAAACAACAAGAUCAUUAGAAGAUACUCGGAAUUCCAUUCUUUGAAACAGUCUUUGGCUAGACUCUUGCCUACGAUAAUAAUUCCACCUAUCCCAUCUAAGCAUUCUCUCUUCAAGUACAUAUGGAACCCCAUAAACGCCACGAAUGACUCCAAAAUCAUCUCUACUAGAAAGAAAAUGCUCAAUUCAUUCCUGAGCAACUGUUUGAAAAUUCAAGAAAUAUGUAAUGAUACCAUUUUCCGAAAAUUUCUAAACCCUGAAUAUAAUUGGAAAGACGUUUUGAGCUCAUCGCCAAUAAUCAUACUGCCCCUGAACAACCUUUUGGCUCCACCUUUGAACCCUACAAAACCAAGCCCCUUGCAUACUAUACUACCCAUUCCAUCCAACUCGUCUUUGAAAAACUAUAACUCGAUUUGGCAACAACACAUUACAAUGAAAAGUCACAAUGAAGUUUCUAAUCUACCAAUAGAAAUUGUACAAAAUGAACCUCAAUUUACGCAUAUUGAGAACUUAUUCCAAAACUAUAAACGAAUAAUCACUCACUUACUAAAGAAUAUAAGAUCGAAUAAAUCUCAUUUCCACUCUCUAUCCACAUAUUUUGCUGAAUUGGGCGCUUAUUAUAACGCCUUUAGUUUGGAAAACGAUAUUGCCAUGCCAAACAGCGGCCAGGAACAUAGAGGUAACUCAAAAAACCCAAUGCUGGAAAUCGUCAGCCACAUCGAAAAGAUAGGCCACUCAUUCGAUAUCAUUUACAUAUCUUCAGAGAUCUUAAUCGAAAAAUACAAUUUUAUACUUGAGGAACCGAUAAACGAGUUAUUACAGUUUCUAAAUGAAUCAUUCAAAGUCUUGAACUUCAAGAAAUUAAAGUUUUUGCAGUAUAAAAUUUUGGAGAAACUGAUUAUCGAAAAAGAAACUAAACUUGCCAAUCUCACUGAAAUUGAAAACCAGCUACAGAAGAUUAAUGAGAGCUUGACACACUCCACUAUAUUGACAGAUGAUAAUAACACUGAUACAAAGGCCGUUGAGCCAACCUUUGUUAAAAAGAACAUAAGAUCACUCUCGAAGUCAAGCUCAAACUCAAAUUCAAGUGGGCACCAAAGCGAGAUUCGUAUAGGAACAAGUAAAUUAAACUACAAAACAACUACACCAACGAUGAACCUGAAUAAACUGGAAAUCAAACAACUAACAAAACAGGAAAGGUCUAAACAAAUAAAACAAUUGGUUCAAGAUUUAUCUAAAUUAAAAGACUGUUUAUCGAUAUGUGUAUCAGACAUGCUAGAGAUCAACACUUCAUCAUACAACAGCUUGAUGCAUAUGUAUAACCAAAUUCACUUGACCGUUGCCAGAAUCUUAAAACUUUUUACAACCAGCUUCAAAGCAUGGAUCAAAGAAUGUCUCGAGAAUUGGAAACUGGCCAAGUCGCAAAUAGACCAAGUCUUAUAA